UAAGCUAAGUCUGAAUCAUCCAAGCAACAACUGGAAAUAAACGCUCCGUCAGUCAUUAGUAAAACUUGCACAUAGAAGGUUUUUUAGCCUAUGUCCUGUCCUGAACAACUCCUGCGUUUUUACAAUCAGCUAGGAAGGCAGGAAAAUGCUGCCCGUGCGUGCUGUUGCAAAUUUGGCUGUCCGCAGCAAUGCGACAUUCUUGUCCCGUGGAUAUCAUGACCCGAAAAACUUCCGUGUGUUCACAAUGAACGACAUGCCAGUGCCGGACGGAGACUUCUUCAAAGAACAUCGACGCAAGAAUCGUUUUUAUAAUACUGUGCUUGCUGUGGGCGUUGUGAGCUUUGUCAUCUCCAUGAUUGCGGUCAAAGAAAGCGGAUUGUUGUAUUGUAAUUACAGCCCACCGAAGAACCUGGACUAAAUGGAAACUAGGAUGGAGAGGUUUGUUGCAAACGAAGUAUUAAAUGUUUGGUGCAAAUAAAUUAAUCUAAAUGAAA